CUGUCCACCUUCCUCCCGUCUUGAUGGUGCUCUGGUUUCUUCUCACAGUCCAAAGAGCUGUUUCAGUUGAAUGGGUGACUCUAAAUUGCCCUUCCAGGAUUGGCUCCGCACCAUUGCCGCCCUGCUUUGAACAAGCAGUUAUCGAUAAUGGAUGGGUGAAUGUAUACAAAAUAUUUUUGUAUUAAAUUAAUGGUACGCAAGGUGGAGAUCGUGUGGAACGGGGUGGAGGACUCCCGUUAUGCUCGUGUGAAGGUAGACAGGUAUGUGAAAAUGACUCUGUACUGUCAUUAAAGUGCAAAAGACGCCCGAAGGGUGAGUAAACACGGGAGGAACGCGUGACGUGGUGUUGCCGUUGGUUUUCGGCGGUUGUGACGUCACUGCUUGGCGCGAUGCUGUCCUCGGUGCUCUGAGCCGGUCCUCAGUCCAGCAUUAAAGGGACAGGAGAUGUGUCCUCCCCCUCCAGCCACCCUUGUUUUUCCUCUUGGUUUUAGUCAGCAGAUGAUCCAGCUCUUGAGGACCAGAAGCGAGCGAUUUCCACCCGGUUUCGUUGAGGUCAUCGCCAGUCAGAUGUCUGCAACCGGCGGCGUUUUGCGGCAUAACUCCCACUUAAGAAACGCACUUCUCUGAAAAGUUGAGGAGGAGGCUUCCUUAAAGGUGCUCAAGACACUGCAAUUUACCAGGGGCAGCUGCUGCCUUUGGACCCGAAAGGUCGCAGGUUCGAAUCUCCCUCUCGCUCAGCUGUACAAAUGGGGUAAUAAUUGUAGGCAGGUGAGCGUCGUAAGUCGCUUUGGAGAAAAACGUCAGGUGAAAUAAAUGUAAACGCGUACGAAGCGGCUGCGCUUUGCAGGUGGGUCGAUGGGAUCUUUACUUCUUCAAGUGAGGUCUGUGGAGAGCUGGCUUGCUUUGGAAAUGACCCUGACUAAAUAGAUGUUAAGAAUAAAAUGAUAACGUUAGUGUGCCGUUUCUCUCUGACCUUCUGUGUGCCGGGAAUCAUUUUUCAGCGCAGUGCAUAAUUUCGUUCGUGGACAUUUCUCUCGGAGUGGGUCCUUAGCGCUCGUCGCAUUCCUAAAGGCGCGUGCGGCGUAGAAGAGCUCCAGAACCUCUGGUCCAGACCAGUCACUGUGCUUGAUUUUUAAAAAUGCGUCAAGUAAGAAAAUUUUACGGAUGAUGGUUUCCCCCCUCUGCUGAAAACCGACGUGGACUGGAAGGUGCGUUAACCGUCAAUUCUUACAGGGGGGCAUCUGUAUGAUUGAAACUUUCCUUCCCACUGCUGUAAGACUUUUAUAAUGUCAGCUUUAUUGGAACUGGCAGAUGACACCAUGGGAUGAUUCCGUCGAUGUUCCCCGUCUGAUUCGAUGGGGUUUUUUGUUUCAUGGUGUCCUAAUGGUUACGUUCUGUCGUUGAUUUUAUUGUUUGUAACAAGUGUUUGUGUUUGGCCAUAUCUCCCUGUUGUGGCUCCGUUCGGUUGUUCUGCGUUGCGACGGACCCGUGUGUGUGCGCAUUGGAUUGUGUUGUUUUGUGCUACAGUGGCUUCAAGGAACCCUCAGUGUGUCCUCCUUUGUGGCAGUUAAGAGGUUGAAGAAUGGAGCUUGCCAACCACGGUCUUAUCCUGCUGCAGCAGCUCAACGCUCAGAGGGAGUUUGGUUUCCUGUGCGACUGUACCGUGGCCAUUGGCGACGUCUUUUUCAAGGCCCACAAAGCCGUCCUGGCCGCUUUCUCCAACUACUUCCGAAUGCUGUUCAUUCACCAGGACAGCGACUGCGUUAGGCUGAAACCCGCCGACAUCCAGCCUGACAUCUUCAGCUACCUCCUGAACCUGAUGUACACGGGCAAGCUGGCUCCGCAGCUCAUCGACCCCGUCCGUCUGGAGCAGGGAGUCAAGUUCCUGCACGCCUACCCGCUGCUGCAGGAGGUCAGCCUCACGGCCUUCUCGCACGCGGAACAGGGCCUGCCGCUGGCUGCCGCCGCCGCCGCCGCCGCCUCCCUCUACGGCAUCCAGAUCUCCGACCAGCAGAGCGGCCUGUCCGGGCAGCUCCCCGCGCGCUCCCGUCUGCCCUCGCCCUUCGAGCCCGAGGCCCUCGUGGAUGGAAGGCACGAGGCAGAGGCCGUCGCAGGAGAAUCCCCGUCUCUCGCGGAGGAACACGUCCAGCAGGUGCCCGCCCCCAACGCCAUCCUCCACGUCAAGCCGAGCAUCAUGAAGAGGAGCGCGCACUUCCGCAAGCUCUACACCUGUCACUUGUGCGGCAGCCGUUUCACGCAGCGAAUUCUCCUGCGCGAACACCUGCAGCUGCACUGUCAGGCUCCGCCCCCGCAGCUGCCUCUCAUCCGGGCGCCGCCCCUGCCUGCCGCCGAGGCGGAGGAGAGCCAACGGAGCGCCGACACAGCUAGCGACGGGGAGCAGCAACCUCUGGCCGCCGCGGACUCUCCCCAGCCCGAAGUCCCGCAGCUCCAGGCCGAGACGCCGCCCCCACCUGACAUCGCCGACAUCGACAACCUGGAGAACGGCGGGCCGGAGCGUGAGGCGAAGCGGCGGCGGUACGAGUGCGCCACCUGCGGCCGUAAGUUCAUCCAGAAGAGCCACUGGCGCGAGCACAUGUACAUCCACACGGGUAAGCCCUACAGGUGCAGCGCCUGUGGAAAGAGCUUCUGCCGCGCCAACCAGGCGGCCCGCCACGUGUGCUGCAGCCAGGGCGCGGACGUCUACACCGUGGUCAACCGGCAGAGUGUGGAGCUGUGCGGCCUAGAGGAGAACAGCCCCGUGGAGGCGCUCUUCCUGGCCUCGGACAGACCCUACAAGUGCAACGUGUGCGAGGCCACCUUCUCGAGCCCCGGCGAGGUGGUCAAGCACCUCUGCUUCACCCAGAACGUUGCCGGCUUCCGCGCCGCCGACAGCCCCGGGCUGCUGCCCAGCGACCAGGGCUCAGACUCCUCCACGGGGACGCCGUUGGACACAGCCAUCAAGAGCGAGGAGAUACCGGUGGAGUAGCCAGCCGGUGGACGCUUCUGCCGAAGAUGGGCGAAUGUGAAAGAACUCUGUAUGGCGAUUGUGUCCUGUCGUCCUUCUCCUGGAACAGCAGUUCUGCUUAGAGUCAGUACUUCCAUUCGAAGAGCCGUCGAGCACGAACCAGCGCGAGUGGGUGGUGCGUUGAGCAGAUCUGUAUCUCAUGACUCAGCGUCCUGUGUCGCAGGGUACCAGGCAGCCCACGGGCCCGAGGCAAGCUACACCUUACAGUGACAGGAAUUGGCAGCUCUUUGACAUUUCAUUUGGUUUGGAUCUGCCUCUACAAGGGUAUUGUACAGUGCUGACAGUGUAUGUCACUCUGGACUUGGUUAUUAAUAGUGUUCUCCUUUAUUGUAAAGGAUACUAAGUAAUAAUAAUUAGCAUUUUGGUUUCCAGCACAAUAGGUUUUCGGUAGAGAUCAUGCCGCUCCGCACAGGGUAGUCGGACCGUGUGCCAGCUUGUGGCAAGACUGUCUCUUCGCAAAGGCCCCCAAACCCUGUGUUGGACAGUAGAGGUCUUUUUUCCGUCUCAUUUGAAAUGGGUCAUGGUUAUUUCCACCAAACCGCAUGUAGAUGGAAAGUGUUGCUUGCCCUCGCUGAUCGUAUCAGAGGAAGUGAAAGGAGAAGGAAGGUCAUUUGCACCGAAUCCACUCGCUCGCUUGGUUCAUGUUGCGCGCAACACCAGUUUAGUUCUUCCCACACGGUCAUGGAAGUGCAGGGUUUGGAAGGGCGAAGAAAACGCGGGUCUCGUCCACAACCUGCCUUUCUGUCUCUGCGACGCCAGUCAACGCUCGCGCCGUUGUGCAGGAUAUUUUUGUACCUGUCACUCUUCGUUUGUUACAUCAACACAAAUGUCGUUUUAAACCAUUUCAAAGGAUACAUUUUCUACUAUCAUUUUGUACAGCAUUGUCCCUUUUAUUUAACUCAUCGGUUGCCUGUUCGUUUGUUCUUAACCUUAUUGUUUUUGAUAUAAAUCUUUGUAAUUUUAUAUGCAAUGCUAUAUUUACAAGAAAUAUUUUAUAUUGCUGAAGCUAUAUUCCUUUUAUGUAGAUGAUGGAUUUAUUUUGUUUUUUUUAACGCAAGGCCUUUGUGUCGGUGAUGAUUUGCGAGGUCCCUGGCUUUCCUGCUGUUCUGUGUCGUACAAUUGUGCCGAUGAAGACGAGGCUCCCGGCUGCAGCUCCGUAACGCCACGUACCCUGUGCGUUACGGCGAGGGUCGCGCCAGAAGCAAUCGGCAUAUAUGCUGUACGGGUCAAUAAAGAUGUGAAUAU